CGCGAGCGAACGCGGACGUGUUCUAGGUCAGUCACGUGACUCAUUCAUUGCCGGCUCGGGCUCUGCAGCUGACCCAAGAUGGAGGAGUACGCGCGCGAGCCUUGCCCCUGGCGGAUAGUGGAUGACUGUGGUGGUGCCUUCACAAUGGGAGCCAUAGGUGGUGGAAUCUUCCAGGCUAUCAAAGGGUUCAGAAAUUCCCCAGUGGGUGUAAACCACCGGCUGAGGGGAAGUUUGACAGCUAUUAAAACCAGAGCACCACAAUUGGGAGGUAGUUUUGCAGUCUGGGGUGGUCUCUUUUCCAUGAUUGACUGUAGUAUGGUGAAAAUGAGGGGUAAAGAAGAUCCAUGGAACUCAAUCACAAGUGGUGCCUUAACUGGAGCCAUAUUGGCCUCAAGAAAUGGACCAGUUGCCAUGGUUGGUUCAGCUGCUAUGGGAGGAAUACUUCUAGCUUUAAUUGAAGGAGCUGGUAUCCUAUUAACAAGAUUUGCCUCCACACAAUUUCCAAAUGGCCCUCAAUUUUCAGAUGAUCCCUCCCAGUUGCAGCCCUCCCCAUUUGGAGAUUAUAGGCAAUAUCAAUGAUUACAUUGUUCUACUGUUUCAUAUUGUACAUGUGAGCUGUCAUUUAUAAAGUGCUGGAAAACCAAGAUUCAGAAAAUUGGAAGUGUAUGGUAGACCUCUUUGUGCAAACUAUGGCAAGAGGACACUUAGCACUUUUUCAUUGUAAAGGUGCACAAGAGAACUUUUAGAAGAUCAUAAAUAUAUUUAUUCAUCAUAGGAUUCCAUUGUUGUAAAGUUGAUAUGUCUGACAUAACACGUUAAUGCGUAAGAUGAGGAUCAAACAGAAUGCUGUACUACUUUGGAUAUGGAAUGAAUUGAAUUUCCUUGGGGACUUCUCUGAAGUGUGGUAUUAACAAGGGUGCGAUUUAGUCACAGAAUCCAUGCCUUCAGCCAGCGCUGGCCGGAAGCUGCAGGGUCCCCUGCUGCCUGUGGAGGCCGGGAGAUGCAGGAGCCCCCUGCUGCUCCCGGCCACCACAGGUGGCACGGGGGAUCCCUGCAGCUUCCUGCCACGGCGGGCAGCACAGGGGAUCCCCACCGCUGCAGUGGCAGGGGGGACCCCUGGAGCUUCCGGCUGUUGUGGGCAGCUGGGGGAAACCUCGGCCACUUGGAGCCACCAGUGGAAGGGGACCCUGGAGCUCCCAGUCCAUGUGCAGAUGCCAAGGCUCCCAAUUUUGUCAUGGAUGUUUUUAGUAAAAGUCAGGGACAGGUCAUGGGCUUCCGUGAUUUUAUUAUUAUUAUUAUUACUAUUGCCCAUGACCUGUUCCUGACUUUUACUAAAAAUAUCCGUGACAAGAUCUUAGCCUUAGGUAUUAAUCAUUAUUUAACCAUUAACAAUAGAACUUGUCCUCUCUCUUCACAAUCAGUAUCACAUGUAGGUCACAAUACUGAGCAUUUCAGUUUAUUUUAAGAAAAUUCAUUCACCUACAUGAGUUCCAAUCAACACUCCUGAGGUGAAUUUUGGGGAGGAUAUUGUGUGUUGAGCCAAUGAAGAGUAAUACAUUUUUGUAACUCUCCUUUGUGCUGCAUAAAAUAUUUCUUUCCACACAAAUUAAAGCCAAAUUGUAAGUAAAAUAUCUUGCUUAUAAAAGGUGCCUGUUCCAGAAUUCUUCUUCCUACAGGGCUACUGUGCCUUGAUUCCUGACCUUUCUCUUAGUUUUACUGGUGUGUAAUGCUCAAAAUACUUCAGAAGAAAAGUUCUGUAUUGAUGAGAGUGUUAUUUGCAUUAAUAAAAAGUUACUGAUUUCCUCA